ACCUACGUCAUCAUGCACUGGUCUAUUUCACGUAUUUUCGUGUAAAGUGAGCAAAGCGUGUAAGAAUGAAGGAAUCAAAACAAAAAGCUGCCAAAGAAUAUUUUUAACAUUCGAUUUAACAUAAACAGAAAACAGCGUAACGAUCAACGGAUAGAAUGGCAUGCCGCUUCUGUCCCAGCAGCAGUGGAUCCGACAGUGAUUACAUUUCGCUCCUCGAUUCGGUUGCGGAAUUCGCCGAUGGUGUUCCUCUGGCAGAAAUCGUAUUCGAGCUAUGCUCAAUGUCUCCGACUUCGAAUGGUCCACUGCAAAUUUGCCUGGAACAAUGCCUGCCGCGGUUGACCGAUUGUUUCCUAUUCCGCCGGCAAAUACUCGAAGCCGAGCAACAGUGGGGAUCAAAUCAGAAAAUAAACUUGAAGAUCGAAAUCGACGAGACCAAGGAGGAAGAGUACGAGACAGAAUUUUUAUACGAAGAUGUUCCGGAUGAAGUUCAUUCAAACGACAACGAUGGCGAUGGAAAAAGUGGGAAGACCAGGAACUUUGCCUUACCCCCAAAAGAAAUGAUAAUAACGCACCUUGAGUAUAAUAACUUCGAUUACAUUGAGUUCGAUGGCGAAAAGUGCUGCGGAUGCGAUGCCUUCUUACCGAGCAGAGUGGAUUAUGAAGCUCAUGCUGAUGAAAUUCACCGAAGUUGUGCGCAGCAGGUUAGCGAAAAAUGGCAAUGUUCGAUGUGUGGUGCUGUUUUCGAGUUUGAAAAGGAUCUAGAAAAGCAUGAACAUCAAUUUGAAUCAAAGCAUAUUUUCUUUUGCAAACUGUGCAAGGAUGGUUUUUAUGAAAAAGACGCUUUCUUGAGCCAUAUGGACAUUCAGCAUGUAGAUGAAGAAAGCGAAAACAAUGAAAAUCAGGAUGACUUGGAAGAUCCCCCAACAAUCACUGGGGACAAAAAUAUGGAAGGAGAUUUUCAAAUAACUGACACAAAUUCGGAAGUCAAAUCUCGCGGUCAACGAUUUACCCCUAAACUUCCGAAUGAAAACCUGAUCAGUUCUAUAGACGAUUAUGAUCAGUAUCAAGUAGUUCACAUAGAUGUCGCAGAGCGAUGUUGCGGUUGUGGAGUUUAUUUCGAGUCUUUGGAAAAGUUGAUAGAUCACGCCCGAUUGGAACAUCAGAGCCAACAAACAAUAUCAGAAGAGAAUCCGUAUUGUGAAAUUUGUUACGAAAGUUUUAAAGCACCGUGGGCAUUGAAUGCUCAUAGAACACACUGCCGCAACGUUAAAGAAUUAUACCAUUGUAAGCUAUGCCGAAUUACCUACGCCAGGAAAUUUCAUUUGGCGAAACAUUUUGAAUGUACACCCGGUCAUACAGCCGACACAGGAAUUUUGAAAGAUUUUCUACCACCUGUAGCUGUAGAAAAGCAUCCAAGUAUCAACACGAACGUAUCAUGUUGUUUCCUUAAGUGCUCUUAUACAUUCGAAACCGAAAAACAACUCAUUGUCCACGUUGACGAGUUCCAUGCUCCACGCCGUCAGCUUAAUAUAUCCGAAAGAUCGAGUGAGAAUAACAUCUGUACCACCUGCCAGCGGUCGUUUGCGUCCCAGCAUCUAUUGCUGCUGCAUAGAAAUCGUACCGCAAGAAAGAAGCACAUUUGCAGUUUCUGCGCCGAAUCGUUCAUCAUUCCAAGUAAACUGCGGGAACAUGAAUUGCUGGUCCAUUCUGGCACUGUUGCUGCGCUGCAUCCCUGCGAUGCCUGCGACAAAUCAUUUCGCACCAAACACCUGCUGAAGGCACACCGUCAGACACAUGACCAGGAGCGAAACUUCCCAUGCGAUCAAUGCAACGCCGUGUUUCGACUCCGUUUGCAGCUGAGGAAACACACUCGAGGGGUACAUCCCACCUGCUUUCCCUACGAGUGUCAAUACUGCGAGAAGAAAUUCUCCACGAAACCGAAGCACGAUCUACAUUUGCGCUCGCACACCGGUGAGAAACCGUACCCAUGCCGAUACGCAGCCUGUGAGAAGCAUUUUUCGCACGUCUCGGACCGAAAGCGGCAUGAGAUGGGAGUACACACCAGUGAACGUCCGUAUCAAUGCACGCAAUGUACGGCGGCUUACCUUCGGAAGCGGGAGUUAUUGAUGCACCAGCAGAAGCAUCGGGUGGAUUAGUUUUUAAUUUAUUUCUUCGAUAAGAAUGGUCUUACUUACUAGAAAAUCUAAUAAAAGUAGUUCAAUGUAAUGAACAUAAGCAAUAAACUUUGGGCACGCAAAUUAAGAUUUAUCAAA